CCCCCCGCGCACCGCGCAUGUACGCGCCUCUGCGCGCUCGUGCCCUCGCCACUUCCGCUCCCCGCUUCAACCCCCGUGCCACCGAGCCCGCACGCUCCACCACGGCCACCCAGCCCCACCCCCUGCCCCCUUCCAAGUCGUUCCGCGCCGCCUCGACCUCGGUCUUCACGCCUCUCGACACUUUCCUCCCCCGCCACGUCGGCCCCACCGAGAACGACACCCAGGAGAUGCUCAAGACGCUCGGGUACAAGACAAUGGACGAGUUUAUCAAGGCCACCGUCCCCGAUGACGUCCGUAUCAACGAGUUCAACAGCCAGGACAUUGCCCCCUACUCGGAGCUCGAGCUCCUUCGCCGCGUCGAGGAGAUUGGCGCCAUGAACAAGAGCAUGAAGUCGUACAUCGGCAUGGGCUACCACAACGCCGUCGUGCCCCCCGUCAUUCAGCGCAACGUGUUCGAGAACCCCGGCUGGUACACUGCCUACACCCCGUACUCGCCUGAGCAAUCGCAGGGCCGUCUCGAGUCGCUUAUCAACUACCAGACCGUCACUAUCCAGCUCACUGGUCUCCCCAUUGCCAACGCCUCGCUCCUCGACGAGGCCACCGCCGCCGCCGAGGCCAUGGCCAUGUGCGCCGCCGCCAUCCCCAAGAACAAGUUCUCCAAGGGCAAGAACGUGUUCCUUGUCUCCCCCACCAUUGCUCCCCAGACCGUCGACGUCCUCCGCACCCGCUGCACCGGCUUUGGCAUCGACCUCCAGAUCGCCGAGUCCAACGAGGGCCUCAAGGCCGAGGUCGACAAGCUUGGCGACAAGCUGAUCGGCGCUCUCCUCCCUUACCCCGACGUCAACGGUGAGGUUUACGACUGGACCUCGGUCGCCUCGGACAUCAAGGGCCACGGCGCCAAGGUUGUCGUCGCCUCCGACCUCCUCGCCCUCACCAUGCUCAAGCCCCCCGGAGAGUGGGGUGCUGACAUUGUCCUCGGCAACUCGCAGCGCUUCGGUGUCCCCGUCGGCUACGGUGGCCCCCACGCCGCCUUCUUCGCCGUCACCGACGACCUGAAGCGCAAGAUCCCCGGCCGUAUCGUCGGUCUUUCGCACGACGCCUCGGGCGCCCCCGCCUACCGCCUCGCGCUCCAGACCCGUGAGCAGCACAUUCGCCGUGAGAAGGCCACCUCGAACGUGUGCACUGCUCAGGCCCUCCUCGCCAACAUGGCCGCCAUGUACGCCGUCUACCACGGCCCCGAGGGGCUGCGCAAGAUUGCUGGCAAGACCCACCAGCUUACCAAGGUCCUUGCUGAGGCCCUCACCGGCCUCGAGUUCAAGGUCACCAACAAGCAGUUCUUCGACACCCUCACCAUCGACGUGUCGGCUGCUGGUGUCACUGCAGAGCAGGUCCACAAGACCUCGGUCGCCGCUGGCAUCAACUUCCGCCGCAUCGACGACAAGCACGUCGGUAUCACCCUCGACGAGUCGGUCGGCCCUCUCGACCUCACCGACAUCACCAACGUCUUCUACCGCGUCAAGGGCCUCAAGGAGAUUCAGCCCAACACUCUCGACGACAUCUCCAAGAAGCUCAACUUCUCCGCAGAGUCGGCCCUCACCAAGGGCAUCGACGGCCCCAUGGCCCGCACCACCCCCUUCCUCGUCCAGCAGGUCUUCAACCGCCACCACUCCGAGACCGACAUGCUCCGCUACAUGAUGCACCUCCAGCAGAAGGACUACUCGCUCGUCCACGGCAUGAUCCCCCUCGGCUCGUGCACCAUGAAGCUCAACUCGACCUCGUCGAUGCAGCCUCUGUCCUGGAAAGAGUUUGGCGGUGUCCACCCCUUCGCGCCCGUCGACCAGGCCGAAGGCUACAAGACCAUGCUCAACGAGCUCGAGCGUGACCUCUCGCUUGUCACCGGCUACGACGCGACCUCGGUCCAGCCCAACUCGGGUGCCUCGGGCGAGUUCGCCGGUCUCAAGGUCAUCGACGCCUACCACAAGUCGCGCGGCGAGGGCCACCGUGACGUGUGCCUCAUCCCCCUCUCGGCUCACGGCACCAACCCCGCCUCGGCUGCCAUGAUGGGCUGGAAGGUCGUCCCCAUCAAGGCCCUCGCCGACGGCUCGCUCGACCUCAAGGACCUCGAGGACAAGGCUACCAAGCACAAGGACAAUCUCGCCGCGUUCAUGGUCACCUACCCCUCGACCUUCGGCACCUUCGACGAGGGUAUCGAGAAGGCGUGCCAGCUUGUGCACGACAACGGCGGCCAAGUCUACGUUGACGGCGCCAACGCCAACGCGCUCGUCGGCCUCACCUCGCUCGGCCGUGUCGGCGGCGACGUCUCGCACACCAACCUCCACAAGACCUUCUCGAUCCCCCACGGCGGUGGCGGCCCCGGUGUCGGCCCCAUCUCGGUCAAGAAGCACCUCGCGCCCUUCCUCCCCGGCCACUCGCUCGUCAAGACCGGCGGCGAGCAUGCCAUCACCGCCGUCUCGGCGGCGCCCUACGGCUCGGCCUCGAUCAACCUCAUCUCGUGGGCCUACAUCAAGAUGCUGGGCGGCAAGGGCUUGACCGAGUCGUCCAAGAUGGCGCUCCUCAACGCCAACUACAUCGCCGAGCGCCUGCGCCCGUACUACAACAUCCGCUUCACGAACAAGAACGGGCACUGCGCGCACGAGUGCCUGAUCGAUCUCGCCGAGUUCGAGGACAAGGCGGGUCUGCGCGUCCCCGACUUCUCGAAGCGUCUGCAGGAUUACUCGUUCCACCCGCCCACGGCCCAGUGGCCCAUCGGCACGUGCUGGCUCAUCGAGCCCACCGAGUCCGAGCCCAAGCACGAGCUCGACCGCCUCGUCGACGCGCUCAUCAGCAUCCGCAAGGAGGUCGACGAGGUCCUCGAGGGCAAGCAGGACAAGGACAACAACGUGUUCAAGAACGCGCCCCACCCGCUCUCUGCCAUCACCGCCGACGGCUGGGACCGCCCCUACUCGCGCGAGAAGGCUGCGUACCCCGUCCCAGGGCUCAAGAAGUCCAAGUUCUGGCCCACUGUCGGCCGUCUCGACGACGCCGCGGGCGACCUCAACCUCAUUUGCGAGUGUGGCUCCGUGGAAGACUUUGCGUAGACGAAUCGAGUGUUAUAUUGCAUGCGUGUGUAGUUCCGGGAUCAAUGUACAGAUAUGGCAUCGUGAAGUUGCAGGUCAGUGCCAC